AUGCAUAUGGCGUCAUCAAAACCUUGUGCAAGAUCACAUCGCGUCCACUAUUUGACAUCGCAUCUAGUAUCCAAUAAUAAAAUUUAUUUGCUAGAGAUAAAUGUGACGGUCGACAAAAUUUCUAGAAAACAUAUUUUCCUAUUGGACAUCGGCAUCUCAUAUAUCAAACAUUUUUAGAGAAUUUAAAAACUCAUCAGAAGAAAAUAACUUGAUUUGAACACCUUGAUAUUUGUGAUCGUACGCAACUGUUGAAUUUGAUAGAGCGAAAAAUAAAUUCGAAGAAGCAUUAAAUGAUAACUGAUGUGAAAGAAAUGCGCGUCUUAAAUCAUGACAUCGAUGGAGAUUAAGGAUGCUCUUGCAUUAUCCGCGUCGAUUUGUACAAUAUUACAGUUUUUAGCUGGCAUACUGGUAUGUAAAAAAUAUAUUAGAAAUGGUACAACUGGAGAUAGCUCUAGCCUGGCCUUUGUAACGUGUUUUAUGUCUUGUAGCUUGUGGUUAAAAUAUGGAGCACUCAUUGGAGAUUUGUUUAUUGUGGCUGUAAAUGUUUUUGGAACAUUAUUACAACAGUGUUAUGUACUAGUUUAUAUCUUAUACAGUGUAAAAAAGUCGACUACCAUUAAGCAGUUUAUAUUGGCAUUUUGCUUUGUUUCGAUUGUAUAUUUCUACAGUAUUUAUCAAGAGGACAAAGUUCUAGCUGCAAAACAUGUAGGAUUUCUUAGCUGCAGCCUGACUGUAUUAUUCUUUGCAUCACCAUUGAUUUCACUUGCACAUGUAAUAAGAGUAAAAAGUACAGAAAGUUUACCGUUUCCAAUCAUAAUGGCCUCUAUGAUAGUCUCUUGUCAGUGGUUUGCAUAUGGAUGUUUACUCAGUGACCAAUUUAUACAAAUACCAAAUUUUAUGGGCUGCGUUUUGUCAGCAUUUCAACUUUCUUUAUUCUUGAUUUAUCCGAGCAAACGGGGAGAACAAUAUUUUAUAUAAAUGCAUUAUAAUUUCUGCUUGAUAUUAAUUGAUUUUAUUGAUCUGUAUAUUAAUAUAUCUUUACAUUAAUAUAUGUAUCUUAUAAGUUAGUACAAGUUAAUAUUUAGUCAUUCUGUAUAACUAAUUAUAAAUAAUAAUAUGUUGUAAGAUA